AGAAUGACGAGCACUUUCCGAAUGACAAAGAAAAAAGAGGUUGUUGUCAAGGAAAAGAACACGAUCAUGGCAGCUUUCAAAAGGCAAGAGCAGAAAAAGACAUGUCCGCUGUGCAAGGAAUCUAUCCUUCUUACUCUCUACAGAGCACAUAUGGACAAAUGCCAACUCACUGGUAACGAUGAUGAUUGUGAGAUCAUCCAAGUCCUGUCGGCAGAGGAAGGACGAGCUCUGCGGGCCGGCUCGCCGAUUGUAAUCGACGCUGAGGACUCGCAGAAGAAUCUCACCCCGUCAACGGAUAAUGUCAGUCAAGAAUCUGGUAGAAAACGUAGGAGUGGGAGGAUUGUAACCGAGAGCGAAUCAGCUGAAGAAGUAAAGAUGGUGAAAAUUGAGCCCUCCACACCAACACCGAUAGAACCAGAAAAUCGACCACCCGAUGCAAAGAGGCUCAGUGAACCAGAGAAAACUGCGCAGGUCACUACUGUUAAGAGAACGAAAAGGAUUACCGCGUGCGUCUCUUCUCCACUGCUAGAGCAGAAACCAAGUACGUCAGCAGAUGAGCCUAUACGUCUACCUUCUCCUGAACCCCUCAAUCUAGUCACAGCCGAUGAGAUUGUAAAAAAGACUGAGGCUAUUUUAAAUACGUUCAUGCUGUCACCACGGAAGAAACUCGGUUCGCAAGAAAAUUCUGAAGACACACUAUCUACAGAUUCCCGAAGGACACCUUAUAUAGUGAAAUUCGCAUUGCUCAUAUUGCGUAGAGUUAUGAUGACAUUGAAGUCGGAUGGAGGACGAUACGACGAGAAGUUUUGGGGGAAGCAUAUGAGGACAUUUGACAGAUUCCUCAAUCUCUCGAAGGCUGCACGAGAGCUUUUCAUGCGAUUGCAUUUGCGAAAAUCAUGGUGGCUAACAAUAGAAAAGUUGCGCGAAAGAUAUGCCGAGCUAUCAUUAACUAUGGAUGAAUCAUUGAAAGAGCUGGUUGAUAUCGGCUUUGUCGAUAGUGACAGACAUCUGUCAGAUCUUGAAGAAGUUUUGCAAAUAGCACCUCUCCCUAUCUUAAAGGUUGUUGCGAAGAAGUAUCAGAUAGAUAUUACCAAGGGCAAGAUUGAGCUUAUCACAACUUUAAAGACCUUCUCCGCAAAGCAAAAGGGUCUUUUCGGCCAGACGAGUUCGGUAGCAGUGGCCAUGGCGAAAACGGUGAAGAAGGAGCUGGGUGCUUGCUACCGCAUUAAUAGAAACAUCAGUAUGAUUUUUAAGGCCUUGUUUACACUAUAUGCGCCCACGGAAAUGUGCUCUUCACUGGUAAUUGACCAACCUAGUCUGAACUUAUCCCAGAAUUUGCUGUACACUCUGCUACGAAUGGACCAGGGAGCUGUGCAGUUUCCUGCUCCAAAUCCCUGCCAACAUAUCUUGUCCAUUUAUGACAACAAAGAGGAGCUCAUGGAAUACGUAGAAGCGAAGGAAUUAGAGACUGAACUUGUUUUUCUGAUGAGCACUGGCAAACUUGAUGGAGCCUAUGAGUGCGCCUUCAAAGCGCGAGAAAGGUUAUUGGGUCUCAGCGAAGAGAGUCGAUCUAGAGCUGCAGAUUUGUCCAUAUCUUUGCGACGUUACACAGCUUUCGCUGUGUUAAUUAGAUGCAUCGCGCAUGGUGCGGGAGUUUUGGAACGUCAAAAGAAAUACGCUACGGCGAUCAGCUGGCAGAGAUUUUUGCUCAAAACACCAGAGCUCAAACCGUUCUGCACAAAUGCGAGAGGCGCUUGGUGGGAUCGCCUCGCACUCAAUCUGGACGCUCAUAUGAAGGAGAGAGAGGAGGCACUGCAAGAAAUACGAGAAGGAAUGGAUGAUGACGCGGUAGCGGACAAGGACAAGCUGAUGCUACAGGAUCGAGCCAUUCGCAUUUCAAAUGGUGAUUUCCUCGAGAGAAUCGUGAUUAUGAACCCUAUCAAGAAAGAAAUUCUUGGAACGACCCUCGCAAAAGAGUUGGGCGACUCAAAAAUCAAUCGUUUUGUCGUGAAAGAUGACGUUGACUUCGCGGAAUGUAGCGUUGAAGAAAUAGUGCGAAGACACUACCUGGCAAAGGAAGGAUUCAACAAUGGUGUUCACGCAGAAGGAUCAAUCUGGCAUACCAUCUUGGGCUUACUGUUCUAUGACAUCGUUUUUGAUCAUAGUUUGAAGGAUGUGUGGCUCAGUGAAUUGCAGGCUCAUCCAAUUGACCUAAACUCCCGCGAUUUAUAUAAGAAUCGGCAAGAAAGAUUUGAUGAGCGAUUUGCCUGGUUAGAGACAACCACAAAUGAAGAGAUCGAGGACGUGGUGCGAUCAACAUGGAGUGCACAACAUGCUCAAGAAACAUCCGAAAUCAAUUGGGAACUCUUCCACAGUGUCGACGAUUUACUCGUAUUUCUGUUUUGCUGUCCGAGACCAGGCCUGCUUGCGGUACUACGCAGAGUAAUCACAGACUACCGCAAUUGUCGAAGUGGAUUUCCCGAUCUGACUGUUUGGAACUCUAGCAAGAAAACGGUUGCUGUGGUGGAAGUGAAGGGCCCCGGUGAUAAGCUUUCCACAAAACAGCGUCUAUGGCUCGAUUACUUCAUGCGAAAUGGUAUUAGAGCCGAGGUUUGCCAUGUGAUAGCUGAAGGCAGCCGCAAACUGAGAAAAUAGUUACGAAGAAAUGCAAAACAGUGAUAGCUAUAUGGCCGUAUGCGGGUUUGGAAUUGUUGCCUUGACAGGAUGGAGAAGUUAAACUUCGGCACUAGCAAAAAGUUCCUCACGAAAAAACUACGAGUUAUCAGUCAUGCUGAUCCUCUUGCAGUAAUUGCCUUGUGGAGCUUAAAUUCUCGUCUUUCGGUCUUGCUAAAAAUCAGUGAGCCAAUGAUCGCUGUGAAAUGUCCUCCCAAAUUCUAGCAUUGUUUCGAUGCUCAGAAUGCCCCAGUUACACAAAAUUUCUACCAAUUUGCUUCUGCAUGAUCGAAUUAGUGUCUAUCAAAAUCAAA